AUGGAUACAACCGAUGAUGACAAAAAAACUCUACCAAUGUUGGGAGAAAAACAACUUAUCACGGACGAAAAAACAAAACAAGUAAUCGAAGAAGCAAAAGUUCGAGAUGAACUCGAAAAAAUGAAACGUCAAAGUGAAGAAAUAAGACGAAUGGAAAAAACAAAACGCCAUCGUGAAGCCGAAGUAAAAAUACGUAAUUUCAUAAUUGCAAGAACAAAACAAGAGAAAGUUGAACUCGAACGUGCUUCAUCCGAAACAAAUAGAUUGUUUUUUCUUAAAAUAUCUUGUUAUGAAGAUUGCAAUAUUAAUGUACCCGAUGAUUUACAAUCGUUCGAUAUCAAUUGUAUAUUAAAAGAUAACAAUUAUUUUAAUGAUAAUAUAUUUAAUUAUGCUGAACAUUUCUUAAAUCUAUAUUCGUCAAAUCCAAACUUAGAGUUAUAUGAAAUUCACUAUUUAUUUGACAAUUUAAUGGUUAAUUUAUUAAAUACAUUUAAUAAUGCUACAUCAUUGAAAUAUUUAAGUACUACUUCAACUUACUUAGGAAAUGAUUCUCAACCUGAUUGUGCAUUUAUAUAUAAAAAUAUAAAUAUCGACACUGAUAAAGAAGAACGAUGUUUGAAAGAUUUUGUUGUUUGUAUUGGCAAUUUAAAGUCUCCAAAUGAAUCUUUAUCAGAAAAAUUUAUGAUUGAAGAAAUAUUAGAAGAUAUGAGAACUAUAUUGUCAAUACAACGUCGUAAAAAGAUAUAUGGUUUUAUAAGUAAUUGUUUAUAUAUAAAAUUUUUUUAUCUUGAAAAGGAAUUCAAUUCAAAUUCCUAUGAAUUUUUUCAAAGUCAAGAAUUAGAAAUGUUCAGUUGUUUAUCUGAAACAUUAUCGUCUACUGAUGAAUCACGAAAAAGAAGAAAAAAAAAAAGUUCAAGAAACUUAUGUGUUAAUAAAGAUACAUGGAAAAUAUUUACAAAAUUCUUAACAAUGAAUAGUGAAUUUUAUGAAUAUACAAGAUUCAAUAUAGAUCCUCAUGAUAAUUUACUUGCUGAUCAAUAUCUAAUUAUAAAAGGGUUAGCAAAUGGUUUAACAUCAAUGAUUUAUUUAUUAGAAAAAAAUGAAAAUGAAUAUUCGGUUGAAGAAUCACCACAUCCUAUAAUGAAAAUAUUAAAAGAAAGUGAAGAUUCAAAUUUAUUUUCAAACGAAAUUCAAAUAACAGAACAAUUAAAACAAUUUAAUGAUUCAAAAAUAUUUCAUUUAUUUUUUCAAGAUAUUCUACAUCUAUCACGUCCAGGUAACAUUUUUUUUUUCAUUCUUUUGAAAAGAUUCAAAGGGUAUCGACAAAAAUAA